GCGGCCCGCCGCCCGGACGGGAGGGAGGCACUCCGCCGCCGCCCGCGCCCCUCACUGCCCGUCCUCCCGGCGCGCGCCCUCGGCCCGUCGGUCCCCCGCUUCCCCCUCGGGCGCGGGCCCCGCGGAGCCCGCCCUGACCCGGUCACGAGGGCGGCCGGCACAGCCCGGACUGCUGCCUGCCCUCCCUCCCUGAGGGCCCGCCGCGGCCGCGCCAGGCAGGAGCCGGGCAGAGAUGCUCCUGCCCUGCAGGGCGUCCCCGGGCCCCGCCACCUGCUCUCCGGGGAAGAGGACACACAGUGGAGCAGCUGGCACACCCAGAGUCCUCCGACCUUGACCCAAGCAUGCAGGCCCCACCCUGCAGCCUUCCCACUGGGCUCAGCCUGGACGACUUCAUCCCGGGCCACCUCUGGGCCCACCUAGGGUCAUCUUCCCGGGGAACACAGGUGCCCGUGAUCCGGAAUGGUGGCUCCAACACCCUUAAUUUCCAGUUCCAUGAUCCUGCGCCCAGGACUGUAUGCAAUGGGUACUUCCCACCGAGGAGAGAUGCUUCCCGGCACCCAGACCCUGCUUGGUAUCAGACCUGGCCAGGGCCUGGGAGCCGGCCCUCUGGGAGCCAGAAGACCCCAGCCUCCCAGCAUCCUCAGGACUGGUCAGCCACGUGGACCAAGGACAGCAAACGCCGGGACAAGCGCUGGGUCAAGUACGAGGGAAUCGGGCCUGUGGAUGAGAGCGGCAUGCCUAUUGCCCCCCGAUCUAGCGUUGACAGCCCCAGGGACUGGUACCGGAGAAUGUUCCAGCAGAUUCACCGGAAAAUGCCAGACCUGCAGCUGGACUGGACCUUGGAGGAAGCACCCAAAGACUCAAGGCGUCCAGGGCUCCAGCAAAGACCUGCUACUAGGCCAGGCCAAGCUUCGUGUCUGAGCGGAAGAAGCUGGGACCUCGCUGAGGAGUUUCCUAGAAGCACCUUCAGUCAUAAUCCUGGAGCGCCCUCCUCCCUGCUCCAGACCCCAAACCAGGUGCCCAGACGCCGAGAGAAAGUGGACAACAUCUGGACGGAAGAUUCUUGGAACCAGUUUCUGCAAGAACUGGAGACUGGGCAGAAGCCCAAGAAACCACUGGUGGAUGAGCCUGUUGAGCAGCCCUCCCAGCCCAUCGAGGUCCUGCUGGAGAGAGAGCUGGCCAAGCUGAGCGCGGAGCUGGACAAGGACCUGCGGGCAAUUGAGACCCGGCAGCCGUCCCCGAAGGGCUCCCGGUCGCCCCGACGGUCGCGGGAGACGCGGCCCCCCGCUGGCCCGGCCUCCUCCUGGAGCUCCAGCGCGCCGAAUGUACUUUACCUGGGUCCCUCCCGGCCCCUGAGCCCCCACAGAAUGGCGGAUGGAGGAAGCCCCUUCCUAGGUCGUAGGGACUUUGUCUACUCUUCCACCGCCCGAGACCCUAGUGCCUCUGAACGAGGGGGCAGCCCAGCCAGGAAGGAAGAGAAGAAGAGGAAGGCUGCCCGACUCAAGUUUGACUUCCAGGCACAGUCCCCCAAGGAGCUGACUCUGAAGAAGGGUGACAUUGUCUACAUCCACAAGGAGGUGGACAAGAACUGGCUGGAGGGGGAGCACCACGGCAGGCUGGGCAUCUUUCCUGCCAAUUAUGUGGAGGUGCUGCCUGCAGAUGAGGUCCCCAAGCCCAUCAAGCCCCCGACCUACCAGGUGCUGGAGUACGGAGAAGCUGUGGCCCAGUACACCUUCAAGGGGGAUCUGGAGGUGGAGCUGUCCUUCCGCAAGGGGGAGCGCAUCUGCCUGAUCCGCAAGGUGAACGAGAACUGGUACGAGGGCCGCAUCUCGGGCACGGGGCGCCAGGGCAUCUUCCCUGUCAGCUAUGUGCAGGUGUGCCGUGAGCCCCGGGGCCGCGUCUGCGACGAUGGCCCCCAGCCCCCUGCGUCCCCCCGCCUGGCCCGUCACCCCAGCUCUCCGUUAGCACCACGCGGCCCAGCUGAUCCCACCAAUUGGCGGGGCCAGACCUCCCCACGCCACGCUGGCUGCUCCAUCCCCACCCAGGAGCCCAGACCCCAGACCCAGAAUCUCGGCACUCCUGGGCCAGCUCCGUCCCAUCCUGGAGGCUCCAGCCGUCCCCUGGACCUGGGGACCUCCUCCCCCAGCACUACUCAGAUACACUGGACCCCGUACCGGGCGAUGUACCAGUACAGGCCCCAGAAUGAGGACGAGCUGGAGCUGCAGGAGGGGGACCGGGUGGAUGUCAUGCAGCAGUGUGAUGAUGGCUGGUUUGUGGGUGUGUCCCGGAGGACCCAGAAAUUUGGGACAUUCCCUGGAAAUUACGUAGCCCCAGUGUGAUGGUCUCCGACGCAACUCAGAGCCCAGCCAGGAUGGGGUAGGGAGCAGUAGCACUUACGGGAGGGAGAGAAGACCCCUCUCCCAGGUGCUCCUCCCCAGGCCCUGAACUGCUGGCAUCUGCAGACAACCCCAGCAGCCUUGCCCUUGGAACCCCCUCGAAGCCCCUGGACUGAUUCCCACCCACAACUCACAAGCAUUCCUCCAACAGCCUUUUAUUUCUUCCCUUACCCUACUCCCCAGAUACAGAGGUCUGCUUUGAAGUGGAGACUGUUUCCAGGCCUUAUUGUGACCAGACCCCCAAGGACCCCACCCCCACCCUGCUUUGGCUUUUCCUCUAACGGGGACGGCUCCCAGCUUCACCCUCAUGGGGUUCCUCUAACAAGGACCAGCUUCCUAACCUCACAGAGACCAAAGGCAGCCUCCACCCCAGGGGGGACUCCGCCCCUGUCACUCCAGCCUGCCUUCUGUCCCUUGUGCCUUCCGGCCUCCAGCUGGGCCUGGGAGUGAGGUGGGGGGUGGACGCAGCAUCUCCUUAGCAUUCGAAGCCUGGCAGGAGGUCUUACCCAAAGGCCCCCCUUCCCAAAGGCUGCCAAGCCCUGGGCCUGGACCUUGCCUUGUCCUGCUGCUGCAGUGACCAGCAAGGCCAGGACCUCAGAGAACCAGCCCAUCCCAAAUGUUUUCCAGGGAGACUGAUGUAUGCUGCCCUCCUGCCUCCCCAGCUCCCGCAAGUCCCCUCUGGAGGAGAAUGUAAAAUAAAUCUGGAUGCCACGA